CGACAGCAGCAGUCCCAGUACGACCUUCUCUAUCAACAUGAAAGUGACACUAGUAGCAGUAGUCCUGUGCCUGACGCUGGUGGUGGCCCUGCCCGACCCUGAGGCCCUGCCCGACCCUGAGGCCCUGCCCGACCCUGUGGCCCUGCCCGACCCUGUGGCCCUGCCCGACCCUGAGGCUGUAGCUGAUCCUCAACUUAGUCUUGGUUAUGGGAAUGGUUUUCAAAGCCGUGAAGUUAAUAUCGUCAUACAAGGAUUAAGCAGUCCCAAUGGCGGCUACGGAGGCUACGGAGGCUACGGAGGCUACAGAGGCUUUGCAGGCUAUGGUGGACAAGGUUAUCGUCCUCAUGGGCACCGACAUUACCACGAUAGUUUCUAUAUUUAAUGGUCUUAAGAAAACAAACUCAGUCAAGGCUCUCAGCAUCGCCAGUACACGGUAACAGAUACCAACAAACUGGUAUAGAAAGACACGUGAGGAAACACAAGAAGACAGGUCACCAUGUGUCACUCACACACCACUCUCCACCUACAUAAACUGUCUUCUUAAUUAACCUUCGUAUGUCCCCUGAGCCUUGCAUUCCUUUCCGCGUCCAGAACUCCUGAGCCUCUCUCUGCCUAGCGACUGGGUUAGGGUACUAUCCCUUCCACUCGCAAAUCUUCCUCUCACCUAUCUACGUAUUCUUCCACAAUCCCCACUUCCCCGCUCACCUCGCUGGGGUCUUACCUAUUCUCUCUUGUUGUUGCUGUUGUUACCUGCAUAUGUUAGAAGUGAUCAAGGUCCCAGGACCGAUUUUUACCAAUGAAUCUCCUUGUAUUUGCUCACGUGUCUUUGUAAACCAAGUCGUUGUGUGUAUAUACUGAAGUACUGACUUCCAGACAAAGUAUAUCCAGCUGUUCUUAUC